AUGGCUGAUUCAUGCAUUUUCUGUAAGAUUGCACAAAAACAAAUUCCAUCAACUAUCGUUUAUGAAGAUGAUGACGUUUUUGCUUUUAAAGAUAUUAACCCAAUUGCUCCUGUUCAUAUUCUUGUUAUUCCUAAACAACACAUUUCUUCUUUAAAUGAAAUCACUGAACAAGAUGAGGCUUUUAUUGGUAAAAUUUUGUAUAAAGUCUCUUUAAUUGGAAAGAAAGAAUGCCCUGAAGGUUAUCGUGUAAUUAAUAAUAUCGGUGAAUAUGCUGGUCAAACUGUUAAACACAUUCAUUUCCAUAUUCUUGGAGGAAAAAAACUUGCUUGGGAUAAAUUAUAA